CCAGUGCGCAUGCGCGGAAAAAGCAAGGCGACAGGGUCUCAGCUGUGCGCGUGCUGCUGCAGAGACAGCGCAAGUGAGCGUCUCAUAGGGACCUGAGCAACAUGUCUAGACUUUUAAACACAGUUCAUUUGCAAUUAAGAAGAGAUUUCAACUUCUACAGGAAGUUGAGGGGAGUCACGGUGAGGAGUUUAAGCUGUACAUUGCGGAGAGAAACUGAGGAGAAAAGUGAUGGAGGUGUAGGUGCUCUGGGGAAGAGGCUAAAGGAUACAGCGGAGACUCUGAUCAUCGGAGGAGGAUGUGUAGGUGUGAGUCUGGCCUACCACCUGGCCAAAGCCGGACAGAAGGACGUGGUGCUUUUGGAGAAGUCUGAGCUGACUGCUGGAUCCACCUGGCAUGCUGCUGGGCUGACCACGUACUACCAUCCAGGGAUCAAUCUAAAGAAGAUUCAUUAUCACAGCAUUAAGCUGUAUGAGCGGCUGGAGGCAGAGACGGGCCAGGCAGUGGGUUUCCAUCAGCCGGGAAGUGUGAGGAUCGCCUCGACUCCGGCCCGGGUGGACGAGAUGAAGUACCAGAUGACCCGAACUCAUUGGCACCCCACACCACAGUUCUUUAUCAAACCCGAGAAAGUUCUUGAGCUCUUCCCUCUGCUCAACAUAGACAAGGUGUUAGCAGGUCUCUACACUCCCGGUGAUGGACACAUUGAUCCCUACUCUCUCACCAUGGCUCUCGCCGCAGGUGCUCGGAUGUACGGCGCCCAGAUCUACAGCCCUGCCCCUGUGACCGGUCUCGUCCCCACACCCGAUGGCAGAUGGGAUGUCCGGACGCCUCACGGGACCAUUCGCGCCAAUCGCAUCGUCAACGCCACAGGUUUCUGGGCACGGGAACUUGGCCAGCUGAUUGGUCUGGAGCAUCCCACCAUUCCUGUCCAUCACCAAUACGUGGUGACGGCGACGAUUCCCGAAGUGAAGGCCCUGAAGCAAGAGCUGCCUGUCAUACGGGACCUCGAGGGUUCGUAUUACUUGCGUCAGGAGAGAGACGGUCUGCUGUUCGGCCCCUACGAGAAGGAGGAGAAGAUGGUUCUGCAGGACUCGUGGGUUAGAGACGGAGUCCCCCCAGGUUUCGGUAAGGAGUUGUUUGAAUCGGACCUGGACCGCAUCAUGGAGCAUGUGGAAAUGGCCAUGGAGAUGGUUCCCGUUCUCAAGCAUGCCGACAUCAUCAACAUCGUGUCUGGACCGAUCACAUACACCCCGGACCUGCUGCCCAUGUUGGGGCCACAUCAGGGACUCCGUAACUACUGGACCGCCAUUGGCUUUGGGUAUGGCAUCAUUCACGCGGGUGGAGUUGGAAAGUUCCUCAGUGACUGGAUCAUGAGCGGAGAGCCUGCUUAUGAUCUGAUUGAAUGCGACCCAAACCGCUAUGGCAAGUGGACCACUGUGCCGUACUUGUGUGCCAAGGCCAGAGAGUCGUAUGGCUUUAACAAUGUGGUGGGUUAUCCUAAAGAAGAACGCUUUGCUGGUCGUCCCACUAGCAGAGUUAGUGGACUCUAUGAGCACCUGAAGGAUAAAUGCUCAAUGGGCUUCCACGCAGGCUGGGAGCAGCCACAUUACUUCUACAUGGCAGGAGAUGAUGUGGGCUACAAACCCAGUUUCAGAAGGACAAACUGGUUCGGACCGGUCGGCCGAGAGUGCAAACUGGUAAUGGAGAAAGUGGGAGUUAUUGAUCUUUCACCAUUUGGUAAAUUCACGGUCAAAGGGAAGGACGCGCACAGGCUGCUGGACCGACUGUUUGCCAACACUAUGCCAAAGGUGGGAUUGACCAACAUCAGUCACAUGCUGACGCCGAGGGGGCGUGUCUAUGCUGAGGUCACCAUUACUCAGGUCGCACCUGGAGAGUUCCUGCUCAUCACCGGCUCAGGGUCCGAAUUGCACGAUCUAAGAUGGAUCGAGAGAGAAGCAGCUGAUGGCGACUAUGAUGUGGACAUUACUAACGUCACCGAUGGCAUUGGGGUGCUAGGAGUGGCAGGCCCGAACUCUCGCAAAGUCCUACAGAAACUCACAGACGAAGACCUGAGCGACGCUGCCUUUAAAUUCCUCCACUGCAAAGCCAUUCAGCUGGCUAAGGUCCCGGUACGGGCAAUACGGAUAUCCUACACGGGGGAGCUCGGGUGGGAGUUGUACGUGGACAUGCCAAAGCUGGCAGAAGUAUACCAGGCCAUAAUGGAGGCUGGAAAAGAGGAGGGCAUUGAUAACUUCGGCACUUACGCCAUGGCCUCCCUCAGACUGGAAAAGGGCUUCCGAGGCUGGGGAGCUGAGAUGAAUUGUGACACAAAUCCUCUCGAGGCUGGUCUGGAUUACUUCAUCAAACUCAACAAGCCAGCAGAUUUCAUUGGAAAGAAGGCACUACAGGAAAUCAAGGAUCAGGGACUAACGAGGAAGUUAGCGUAUCUCACCAUGGAUACGGACAACGUGGACCCUGAGGGCAAUGAGACCAUCUGGCACAAUGGGAAGGUGGUUGGGAACACAACCUCUGGAGCGUACAGCUACUCGAUUCAGCAGAGUCUGGCGUUUGGUUACCUACCCAUUGAACUAGCCACUGUUGGUCAGAAGGUCGAGGUGGAGCUCCUGGGCAGGAAGUAUCCAGCCACGGUGGUUCAGGAGCCGCUGGUACACACCGAACCCACCAGAACACGUCUGCAAAAAAAGAAGAAUAGUGCAGCGUGAAGUACGGAUAUGAACACUGGACCUCAGCUUUGUGACCAGAAAACAAAUGAUACUGAAUCGUACAAUAAUAAUGAAAUAAAGCCAAACUAUGACUCUGUAAAGUACAAUAAAAUGCAAUUUCUUGCA